AUGUAUAUUCUAAAACUUUUAAAAAACUCGAAAAAAAAAUCUGGGUGGUUUUCCGUAGUCUCUGGUAAUAAUGCGAUGGGAAGCGCAAGAGUUUACAGACGGAUUGAAAGUCUUGUACGAGGUGGAGUACCAGCUUUCCUCUUAGCAGCACCACUUCGAAGCUACACUCUUACACACUCCAAGAUGGAAGACGGAAAUCUACGUGCUCAUUAUACCAAGACAAUAAUACAGGCUGGCGAGGUACUACGCUUAAUAGCAGUCUUUCAAGAUACCAGAAAAUGCAGUUCAAUACCCUUUGGAAUAACAGGAGGUAUAUCGGAAAAAGACCAAUAUGCUCAAUGUUUAGAUUCCCAUGGUCGCGAAGUGUUUGUCGCUUUAUCAACUCGAGGUGAAUUUUAUGCAAUAUGCCAGAGUAGUAAUGCAGAUAACGGAAAUGACGCUGUUCUUUAUAGAGUUCAUCACUUAGCAAAACGUGCUCUUCCUCUUAGGGUCCGAUUAAUAGCUGGGCCACUACCUAUCCUACUACCGAGAGAAUACGGAGGUUUGAUGCAAUUGGAAGCAUCAACGAAAGGUUCCAUUGUUCUUGGUUGUAUUGUACCGGAGAGACCAGUUCCAAAUCCUGAAAUGCUAGAACUCGUGGUAUCAGGUAUUGGAGCACCUCGAGUUCGUAGAGCACAACUUGGUUAUCCAUCAGAAGCACGACUACUAACAUCGCCAAAGAUGCAACGAUUAUUAUCGGCUUGCAGUCGGGCGGUCGGUGAUCGUGCUACAGAACCACGAGUGGCGCCACAGAAACUUCAUGCUAGCAGUAUUAGUAAUAAUAGUCUUGGUGAUGGAUCAAAAGAAAUGCACUUAAAAAAAAUAAAACCCAAACCGGAAACUAAACCCGUGCUACAGAGUUUGCGUGAAGGUCUUGAACAGUUUAAAAAAUCAACUGUUCGUGAGCAUAUACAGAGGUCUAUAUCCACGAGUUUUCUGGAAACACCUCCAGUAAAAGUUGAACUUGAGCCAAAUUAUGCACGGGUAUGUGAUAGUUUAACACCUUUGACGAUAGCACCUCAAUCUAAAGUGAUAUGUACUAAAACAGAUGAUUUGUACACUGAAAUUUGUGAAACAAAUUCUAAUAAAAAAAUUCAAGAUUUUCCUGAUAAUCAUGUAAUUGCUAGGAUAAAAAUUGUUGUAAAAAGUAGUGACUCUGUCGUCGAAGAUCUGCCGAUUCUUUAG